GACGCCGGUGCCGGCUGCCCGCCUGCAUGCGUGUCAUCACCUUGCACUGACAGAGAGCUCAGAUAUUUUGGGGAGGUGGAGAUCAUGCUUUGUCAUUGAGGAGCUCAGCAGCAGCGUUCUCCCACUCCGGCACGUCCGACGUUCAGCAUGCUGCAUCCUGAUGCGCUCUCGUCUGCACGCUGUGGGGUUACCUGGAUUUACACGCAUUUCCCGUGUACCUCUUUUACAUGACCGUCGGAUCGAAGAGGCCACGUAUUGUUGACGCAUCUCAAUGUUUGAACCGGGGGAAGAGAGGCACGUCCCAAGUGUCAAAUAAGAUACAACCUGUCCUGCGGAUGCGCCGUCACUGUUUUGCCUCCAGUGGCUCCCCAAGUGUAUGAGAUUCAUGAUUCAUCCCUCUGUUUUCACGGGCUAUCCUUAGAGCGCAUCUCUUCUGCUUCUUCAAAAUGGAAAGAUUUCAGUCUUCCAUGCGCAAACGGCUCUACAGCUUGCCGCAAAACAUUGGGCAAAAACCCUUCGUGAUUGACGAGGGAGACAACGGCGACAAGGACACAAAGAGGAAAAGUAUUCGGCUAAAACAUUUGUCCUCUCCGUCUCCUGCAAGCAGUUGCAGGAGCAUUGAGGAGGCCAGGAGCGAAGACUUGGACAGGGACGUCACUGUGAAGACCAACUUGAACGGGGACUGUCGCUUAUUUAGGGGUAGCAUCUCUUCCAUCACCGGGCGGCAUCCUCCCGGGUCAGACCCAGCGGAGCAGCGGCGCCUCAUCCCCGAGGCUGGUGUCAGCGAGAGUUACCCCGGUGAGCACGGCCCCGGGGCCCAGCAGCGGGCAACGGGUGGUGUGAGUGGCGCAGCCGGGCAGGCGACAAUGUUUGACCAGUCAAGUUUUAUCAAGUUGGAGGGCACCGAGCAGAUCAUACCUGAGGACGACCGGCUGUACCAAGCCGGCUUCAUGCACCGGCAGUUUGGGGCGAUGCUCCAGCCGGGAGUCAACAAGUUCUCCCUGCGGAUGUUGGGGAGUGAGAGGGCCGUGGAGCAUGAGAGGGAGCGAGUGAAGUCUGCUGGCUUCUGGAUAAUCCACCCGUACAGUGAUUUUAGGUUCUACUGGGAUCUGACCAUGCUGCUGCUGAUGGUGGGAAACCUCAUCAUCAUCCCCGUCGGCAUCACCUUCUUCAAGGACGAGAACACGCCUCCCUGGAUCGUCUUCAAUGUGGUCUCGGACACCUUCUUCCUCAUGGACCUGGUUCUCAAUUUCCGCACGGGCAUCGUCAAGGAGGACAACACAGAAAUCAUCUUGGACCCACAGCAGAUCAAGAUCAAGUACCUGAAGACCUGGUUCGUGGUGGAUUUCAUCUCCUCCAUACCUGUGGACUACAUUUUUCUCAUCGUCGAGACACGCAUCAACUCGGACUUUUACAAGACGGCACGAGCCCUGAGGAUCGUCCGUUUCACCAAGAUCCUCAGUCUGCUGCGGCUGCUGCGCCUCUCCAGACUCAUUCGCUACAUCCACCAGUGGGAAGAGGUUUUCCAUAUGACCUACGACUUGGCCAGCGCCAUGGUGCGCAUCAUGAACCUGAUCGGGAUGAUGCUGCUGCUGUGUCACUGGGAUGGCUGUCUGCAGUUCCUGGUUCCCAUGCUGCAGGACUUCCCUCCUGACUGCUGGGUCACGAGAAACAAGAUGGUGAACGACACAUGGGGUCAGCAGUACUCCUACGCCCUGUUCAAGGCCAUGAGUCACAUGCUGUGCAUCGGGUACGGCCUGUACCCCCCCAUCGGCAUGGCUGACGUGUGGCUCACCAUCCUCAGCAUGAUUGUGGGCGCUACCUGCUUUGCUAUGUUUGUGGGGCAUGCGACUGCACUCAUUCAGUCUCUGGACUCCUCCAGGAGGCAGUACCAAGAAAAGUAUAAGCAGGUGGAGCAGUACAUGUCCUUCCACAAGCUCCCCGCCGACAUGCGCCAGAGGAUCCACGACUACUACGAACACCGUUACCAGGGCAAGAUGUUUGACGAGGAGAGCAUCCUGGAGGAGCUGAAUGAGCCACUGCGAGAGGAGAUCAUCAACUUUAACUGUCGCAAACUGGUGGCCUCCAUGCCGCUCUUCGCCAACGCUGAUCCCAACUUUGUCACCUCCAUGCUGACCAAGCUGCGCUUCGAGGUCUUCCAGCCGGGUGACUACAUCAUCAGAGAGGGAACCAUCGGCAAGAAGAUGUACUUCAUCCAGCACGGCGUCGUCAGUGUCAUCACCAAGAACAGCAAUGACACCAAGCUGUCUGACGGCUCAUAUUUUGGAGAGAUCUGCCUGCUGACCCGAGGCAGGAGGACAGCGAGUGUGCGAGCAGAUAACUACUGUCGGCUGUACUCUCUGUCGGUGGACAACUUCAAUGAGGUGCUGGAGGAGUAUCCCAUGAUGAGGAGGGCCUUUGAGACUGUGGCUCUCGACCGCCUGGACCGCAUCGGUAAGAGGAACUCUGUUCUUCAGAAUAAAGUCCAGCAUCACCAAAGUUCUGGCACACUAAACUUCCAAGAGACUGAGAUCAUCCAAAGAAUAGUGCAGCAUGAUCGGGACAUGGCCCAGUGUACGCAGCUGAUCCAGACCAGCCCACAGCCUCCCCCCGCGCCCCCAUCACCCACCCCAGUCAUCUGGGCCCCGCUGGUUCAGGCUCCGCUCCAGGCAGCUGCUGCCACCACCCCUCUGGCUCUGGCCUUAGCCCACCACUCCCAGCUGCCUCCCAUCCUCUUCCACCAUCCUCUGACACCUGGCCUUCUGAAGGACCCAAUCAGCCAUCCAAAGAAAGUCCACGUGGGAGCGAACACAUCCAGCAGCUGUGGCUCAGGACCCGCUUCUCCUACCAGCUCCAUUAGAGUCAGAUCUGGGAUUGAGACUUCCACACCAGCGUCCCUUAGGGCACAGCAUUUCACCGGUGGAUCUGUGUCGCCCACCCUGACGACCCAGCCCGUCUUCACCAGCAGCCUGCAGCCUCUGACCCCUUUGCCCUCACACCAGCUCCCGCACCACCCUCCACACUCCGCCAUGGCCUCAGUCUUCCCCAUCAGCCAGGCCACAGUCUCCUACACCUGCUCUGCUCAGCUCCACCCUCAGCCCUUCCAUGGUGCUAUGACCACCCCACCACACCCAAUAGGUUUACUCCAGCAGGGGGUGCCAGGGAGGCUAGCCGGGAGAUUCCCAGCCCCCUCUGCCUCCGCCAUAAGCCCUCUGAUCUCCAGCUCAGUCGGCCCCAUACUAAGCCAGCUGCAGCAGUCCUCUCACGCCACUACGCAGCAGAUGGGGUUCGGUCAUGACAGAGCAGGCAGGACAUCCAGUGGUCUGAACCUCCCACAUUUUCCCUUCCUCACCAGCACUCAGUCCUCCAGUGGAUUUAUUCAGCCAGGGUCUGCAGUCGGAGGCCUCGGCGGGGCCACAGCCUCUCUGGCGCAGCAAAGCCUCGCAGGUCUCCAGUCUGUUUUCCUCCCCCAGGUUCUCCCCGAGCACUCGGCCCUCGCCUCCCUGGCUCAGUAUGGCUCCGCCGAGGCCUCGCCCUGCUACACGCCUCCAGUCCACAGUCCCAGCAUACAGAGCCCUGUGAGGGGAAGGACAGUUUGCCACAGUGAGCUCCCCAGCACCCUUGGCUCUCGCAGCCCUCUAACCCCUCAGACCUCAUGCCCUGCCAGGGUGGCCUGUACCCUCAAAGAGAGGGCCGAGUCUUCGGUGGAUCUCUUUACCCAGGAAAUAAAGACUAUCUCAGGCUCUCACAGCUCUAUACACCAGGAAAGGCCUUUGGCCAUGAGCGGCCCCUCAGAGGGGGCAGCGGGGGUAUCCAGCCCCUUCUCCUCCCCCAUGGCUGUCAGUAAACCCUACAGCCCAAUCCCGGGUCAAGUUGCUCCCGUCAGUCGGACACAUUCAGGUCCUGAACCUCAGAACCAGUCCGUUGGCGUUCAAUCUCCCCUCGUUAGAUCCCCCGCUAAGAUGAUAGAGACCGAACACAAACAGUCCAAACUUCCAUCCAACUUGUGAGGUUCAGACACACCCUCCUUUAAUGCCUGAACAAACAGGAGGUUGCCUCCUUCUUUGGCAUUGUUUUAACCACUACUUUGUCAGAUUUUACAGCAGGAGGGUGUGUUACUCCAAUCAGAUCGGUGGUUUCACUUUUUAAUCAGAUUGAAUGGAUCGGGGAUAAUAAUGGACAAUGAUGGAUACUUUUUUCUACAGGAUAUUGCAUCUUUGAAUAUAGUAAUAAAAUCCAAAACCUAUUGAUGGGUAUAUAUAGCACCUCAUGAAAAUAUGAAUUGUUCUAUGUAUUGUAUUAUAACCACACUCUGUGAUUUGUUAUAAGUAUUUUGUUUUGUCCAGGCAAUUUUGUGUAAACUUUUAGCUGCAUCCGUUUAGUUGGAAAUUUGUCCACAACUGUAUCCAGUUAUGAUUGAAACCAAAAAUUAUUGUCCUUUUUUAUGUCCUUUCCCAUCACCGAGUGUGUCGUGUGAAUGCAAGGUUUACCCCCUUAAGAGAUUCGAGGAGAGACAGACUGUGCACUUUGCUCGUUUCAGAGAUCACCUAAUGGUUUGAUGACGGCAUGUCUUCCAAGAUAGCGUUUCAGCAAUAUUGCACACCCAAAUGGGUCACACAAAUCAGAUCACGCUCAAGAAAAAAAACCUGAAGUAAUGAAUGUAAUGUGAUGUUUGUCUGUCUGAGUGGGAUUAAUUUCUGAAUGUGUUGAACUCGAGGGCGAUGAUGGUUUUCUGUAGAGCACUGGAGAGUGGAACCAGUUUCAGAGACACAUUUUCACAACUGCUGCGGUGCGUGGCGAGGCGCGCCACUGAUGCCAACUCGUUUGACAAUAACUACGGUGCAGAACAUUUGUUUGUGUGCCAUCAGCACAGUAUGCAAUAAUCUGUGUUUUUUUUAUGGGUAUACAAAGGUACUGUGAAUCGAAGCACUUGAGUGAGUGAGUGAGAUUCUGUUUUUAGUUAGAACAGAUUAAAGGUCCAGUGUGUGGGAUUUAGGGGGAUAUAUUGGCAGAAAUUUAAUAUGGUAAGUAUGUUUUCUUUGGUGUAUAAUCACCUGAAAAUACGAAUGAUUGUGUUUUUGUUAGAAUGAGCCGUUUAUAUCUACAUAGGGUUUUCACAUGGGCCACCAUAGUUAGCAGCCCCUCUGCGACCAGAGCACCAGAAAAACACUGUUUGAAUGUGUAACUGCUUUAUUCAGUGUUUUUACGGGUUUAAAUUACUUGGUCCAUUUGUUUUGGACAAGAAGAGACCUCUGCAGAUAAUUCGGCUUCCAGUAAAAACCUCCUUAAUGUUCGGAUCUUAAGUUGUCAGAGAAAAAAGGUAAGCUCACAUUAGCAGCUGCUGGGUAAGCGGCCUGCAUGUGACGAGCCAAACAACAUCGGAGAAACACUGAUUUGUAACAUGAAACUGCUUAAUUCAGUGUUUUUACCGAUUUAAACUGGGUUCCCACAGUCAUGAAAUUCCUGGAAAAGUUAUGAAAUUAGAAAAGCUGUUUUCCAGGCAUAGAAACGGGUUGGCUGUUGUUGAAAUAUAUACUUGAAAUCCCAAAACAUGUCUAGCAUCAUGCUUAAUGCAAUCCUUAUAUUACUAAUUUAAAAUCUAGACCUGCGCUGCAUGACUGUUGAAAUGUCACUUGUAUCAAUUGCUACAUAUUGCCGUGUGCAGCUAAUUGGCAGCAGGAAUGUCUAAUGAGCAAGUAAAGUUAGCAAGCGCUAGCAGUUUGCUUAUCUGCAAAUGCCUCUGAAGUGCAUGUUUAACAAUGGCUUACGACAAAUAUAGAGAUGCCCUCCCUCACCGCGCUGAACGUAGGCUUUGCACCCAAACAUUUGACAUCGGUAACAUGGCGGCAGCAGCUCUGGUCAGCCGUGCAAAAGGGACAAAGCAUCAAGACAACCAAAAGGCUGUUCAACAGACUGCCAGCGUAGCCACAUAUUUCAUGCCCAACAUUACUGCUUCUACUAGCAUGGCAAGCAUUGGUAUAGCUGCAAAACAACUUCAAUCCAUUGCUGCUACUUUAAACCAGUGGUUCCCAACUGGUGGGUCGUGGUCCAAAAGUGGGUCAUGGAUCCAGUCUGAAUGGACCACACACUUUAUUUUGAGCUACAGUGAUUUUUGGCGCAUAGCUUUUAUUUUGAAGUGUCGUUUUCUGUUGUAGAGUGAGUGACUAACGGACAGCUACUCGACAGAGACAGCAAACUAGCUCGACAACAUGAACAAAUGCAAGAAUGUCGCUGAAUGUAUUGAACUGUGUGGACCUUGAACUAAUGGCUAAGGAGAAGUCUGAGCCCCAUGGCUGGACCGGUUGGGAACCACUGCUUUAAACUACUUAAAUAAACUCAUGAAAACGAGAUAAAAUGUCAUAAAAAUGUAUGAAAUCACCGGCAAGUUUCAGCUGGUUGUAAUGUGCGAUCCUCACCACUAGAUGCCACUAAAUCCUACACACUGCUCCUUUAAAAACAGGGGAAUUACGUAGGAAAAAAGCAAUCGUGGAUAAUCAAACAUCCUGAAACCAGCAAUGCACUAAGACUGAUCUGAAUGUUUCUUGCACCAGUCAAAGGGCUACAAGCAGUUACUUGGACACGUGGUUAACAAGAAACCCCGAUGGGUCAUAUUGCUGCAUACUUUACCUCUUUCAUUUCACAUUAUUUGAUUGUAAGAUUUGACAUCUGUUGUUGAACAAUUGCUGCUUUGUGAUGCUAUGCUGAAUCAAUAAGACGUGUGUCACUGACUGCUUUUUUACAACCAGACUCUGAAAUCCUUCUACUUGUUAAUAAGUUAAUGUGUUUAGAUGAUACUUCUCUCUCUGCGGACCUGCGGCCGGCAAGGAACUGUGAGCAGGUCAGCAGGUCGAACCAUCGGAGGAUCCUGUCCAGUGGCUUUAGCUGCCUGGUUACUGAACACGAGGUUUGCUGUGACUCUGACCCACCCGAGGAAAGAGAGAUACUAUCAGUCACUAGCCAGUCACUGCCAAUGGGCUCGAUCAAUCCCUCAUUACUAUUCUCCUCCAACCCCGCGCCACCACACCACCUGCCAGAGGCAUCCGCUCGGGUUGAGUGUAAGGUUACUUUGAGUGCAGUCAACUUAAAGGUGUGUGUAGGAGAGGAGCUGUCAGUCACUCAUCUAUUUAUAUAUUUAUUUCUCAUUUUGCUGCCUUUUAACCAACAAAUCUGAGGA